UCCACAGGCGUGGUUCAAAUGCGGAAGGUUUCAUUUUAAUGUCAGUUCCCUAAAACAACAGACUCGUAUGGGAAUCCGCUAGCAGGUGUCUCUCUGGGACCGUUGUAUCUCAUGGGGGAGUGUUUGGGGACAAUUUGCCCAUGUCUUAAGACAUUAUGGGACAGAAUAUACGGACCAUCACCGACCGACAGAGAAACCAGGAUGAAAACUGACCGCGACUCUACCAGCGACGGGCUCGGUAAUACCGAAUCUGACCGUUACGGACAACCGGCGAGCGAGCCGCCGCCAGCCCGGAAGACAGUCACCGCACUUUAUACGGCUCUGUGGGACUUUGAGGCUCGCGACUUCCAGGAGUUGUCGUUCAAAGCUGGUGAUAUGUUAGAGGUUGUCAGCAGUUCCGGUGACUGGUGGAGUGCGAAGAAAAUCGCCUCACAUGGACGCGUGGCCACCGGUUUUGUACCGUUCAAUUAUCUGGCGCGUGUGGAGUCCGUGGAGUCUCAACCGUGGUUUUUUGGAAAGUUGAGCCGGGUUGAGGCAUUGAGUCUCCUCAUGUCAGCAGAAAAUGUUAAUGGAUCCUUUCUUGUGCGAAUCAGUGAGACUGACAGCAUGAGCUUCGUACUCUCAGUGAAAUCACAGGCCAAAGCAAAGCACUUCAAGAUUUACCACACUAGUGGUCACUUCCAUGUGAAUCCAGCUCCUCAGUUUGCCAGUGUAUUAGAGUUGGUGGAAUAUUAUCAAACGCACCCACUCUCCACUUCGGAUUUACUUAGAAAACCCUGCGUUCGGAAAAUGCCGCGGGUUCUUCCACCCCCCUUAGUCGAUGAGUGGGAGCUGCCUAAAGAACAAUUUACUCUUGAGAAGAUGCUCGGCGGGGGCCACUUUGCUGAUGUUUACAGCGGCAGGUGGAAAAAUCACACUAAAGUGGCCAUCAAAAUCCUCAAGAACAAUGAUGCUCUUGUGCAGAAGGACUUUCAGAUGGAGGUGCAGAUCAUGAAGCGCUUCCGUCACAGACACCUGAUUUCUCUCUUCGCCGUCUGUACCUCCUCUGUCCCGUUUUACAUCAUCACCGAACUAAUAGAGAAGGGAGACCUGCUGAAUUUCCUAAAAAAUCCAGAGGGUAUGGCACUGGAAAUGGAGUCUCUGAUCGACAUGGCAGCUCAAGUGGCAGAUGGGAUGGCAUAUUUAGAGGCACAUAACAGUAUUCAUAGAGACCUUGCAGCAAGAAAUGUUCUAGUUGGAGAGAGAUAUGUCUGCAAAAUAGCUGAUUUUGGCCUAGCUCGAAUCAUUAAGGAACCUAUUUAUAUAUCUGAUGACAAGAAAAUCCCAUAUAAAUGGACCGCGCCGGAGGCUAUAGGUUAUGGUCGUUACUCAAGCAAAUCUGAUGUCUGGUCAUUUGGGAUUCUCCUUUAUGAGAUUGUCACAUAUGGAGCUGCACCAUAUCCAGGUGUCCGUAAUUGUGAUGUGUAUGAUCUGGUCACACGAGACAACUACAGAAUGCCUUCGCCGCUUCACUGUCCACAGGUCAUUUAUAGCAUCAUGCGAUCUUGCUGGAAAGUAGAGCCAGAGGACCGUCCAACAUUUAAGAUUCUGAGGCAUGAACUAGAAAACUAUCAAGGCAACUGACCUUGAACAUUUCAUAAAGACAGAUGUAUCAUACAAUCAACUUGGAUUAGUCCACCACAUCAGGUUUCAGAUAAAGAGGAAGAUGCACGUGUAAAGCACUUUUUUUUUUAAAGAUUUAUUUAUGUUUAGAGCAAUUAUUGACUGAAUUUAUACAGACUUAUGCUACUGUUAAUAUGUUUUGUAAUAAACGUUCUCAGGUAUUGAAGUGCACCUUAUAAAUCUGUAAUUGACAGUGUAGGGGCAAGUUAAAAUGUCUGUUUUAUUAUUAAUAUGAUUUUGGAAAAAAAUGUGUUGGAUGCAUGUUUACUUUUUGUAUAUUCCUAUAUUUUUUUAUAUGUUUUAUAUAUGUUUAUAUAUUUCAUAAACUUCAGAUGCAAAUAUGAAAGCAAUAUAGUGGAAUAUUUCAUCAUACAAGUGGAAUUAUAAUUUUCAAUAACAAACUAGAAUAAUGUGUCAAAAGAACAUAUGUAAAAUGUUAUAAAUCAACACAAAAACUUUAUGCGAUACUGAACAAUACCAUACAACACAGUCUACUGAAUGUAUAUUGUAAUGCAUAGUUAUUGUUUGUUUUCCUCAUGCCAAUCUUACAUUGACAAAUAAUAAAAAUAUAAUAAAAAUAAUAAUAAUACUUACUUUUUAACAUUUUUAUCCAAAGUAAAGAUCGCUAUAUCUGCAAACUCAAAGUGCUUGGGAAUUAUUUAUAUAAAAGUGUUUAUUUGUUUUGGCAAGUGUCACAUUCAUAAAAAUAUUCAUUUAAAAUAAUUAAUGGAGCUGGUAAUGAGCUGAUACAUAGGGUCAAAAUUGUUGAACCUAGUAACUAAACCAAUGAAUCAGGCUUGUUCAAUAUGAAAUGUCACCAGCAGA